AUGCUGAUGAGAGUCAAAUCUUUGAACACGAUCUACCGAGUAUCUACUCCACUUACUCAUUCGGCUGUAAUUACAGUGCACAUUGAUGAGAAAAAAGACAAGACUUUGGCAAAUAGGAAGUUGCUAAUAUCAACAAUCUGUGAGCUGAUCACCGCCCUCAAAAAGAUAAAAGGAGGUAGGAGUGGUGAUGGACAGAGUGGAAGUCUGACAAAGUUAGACGAAGACAUCAAGAAAGUUUUUUGGAACUUCUUUACAGCUAAAGACGACAAGCAACCCGGAGAAGACAGUGUUGAUGGAGGAGAACAAUUGGCAACAACUGUUAACGAGGCUCCGAUCAGGGUCUCUAAUAUUUUCGAGAGAUGCGACAUAGGUGCUAUUCAGAGAGUGAUAAAGAAGAUGCCCCCGGUUCCCGUCACGAAACCUGGAUCAUUGACAGCCCCCGAGAGUGAACAGAGUGCUGUUCAGAGAAUAGCUUUGGCCAUCCGGAGCGAGCCCCGGGCCCCCGUCGCAAAACCCCCCGUUCAACCGGACACCACACCAGCAGCCGGGCCUGCGCCUCCAACCAGCAAGGUCCGAAAAGACCACAUAUCCAGACUUCAGAAAGAGUCCGAGAGUCGCCUGAGUGAGUUACAGCUAUUUCUAAACAUCAUUUAG